UAUGCUCAUGGCAGAGACAAGCCCCCUCACAGCCCAGUGCCAGGCAGGGACCACCUCUGCCUGUCUCACAGAUGUAGCCCUGGCAAAUUUUGAGAGUAAAGAAAGUUUCACCUGCCUGGAUUUUCCCAGGUUUUCUACCCACUGAUGCCUUCUGUCUGUGUAACAGAUGGUCAGGAGAAAGGGGCUCUGACUACUAAACCCAGCAAGCCUGAUGCCCUGGGAAGGGACCAGUGGUAAUAGAAACGAGUAAAAGAUAAAUGCUUUAUUCUGUGAUUCAGACCUUGCAGAGAGCUGGGAUCUACAGCUGUGUUCACUGCCAUUGUGCUCUCAUCCAUCACCUUUAAUUGUCUUUAGCUUUAUAGCUAUCUAAUUAUCCCCCACCCCCAAGCCUCCUGGACCUUCAGGUUCAAUCAGGUUCAAUAUUUAAUCAUUUUCUGAAGAGUUCCCAGCACUCUUCUGGAGAUCAGUAGAGGCGGAGUUCAUUGUGGUCUCUACAGCAAGUGGCUUUGCCAUCUAAAGCGAGAGUUGAGUCCAGAGAAAUCCACAUGAUCUGCUAUAAAUAGCUUGCAGAUUUGGCUGGAGGCUGGCUACAACUCACAAGGUAUGUGAUGUUGAGCAGGGCUAUUCUCUGCUUGGAAACCUGGAAGGAAACGAGUUUGGGAGGAAAUGGUGCAGCUCCCUGUGCUGAGGUCUGAACACAUUUACCCUAAAGCUGCAAUGGGUACAUGUCGGAGCAGGGAGCUUCAGCAACAAGCACUAGCGAGAACAAAUUACUUUACUGUUUCACGUGCACAACUGACUCACGCUCACUUCAGAGCCUUGCUCUUAAUCUAUGGAUGAGGACCUGGCUUUGUCAGGGGCCUGCUCAUUCAUAGCCCAUGACUCUGAGCCAUGCAUGCUCCACUGAGCCUCCUCGUAGGACUUUGCCACUAGUGGGAGAGAGCUGACCACAUGCGGCUGGGUCUGCACUAGGGCAUGAGGCUGUGCCCAGCAAUAAGGCUUAGAAACAAAGAGCUGUAUCCUUGAGCACGUACGUUCAGAUUUUCCCCCAGCGGUGCUCUAUUCCAUGCUGGUUUUCCUGCCCGAGUCAUGCUCAGGACACCCCCCUGCAAUGCCUUCAGGUGCCCUUUCCCUGCCCCUUAUGCCAAGUGGCUGUGGAGACCUGGGAGAGGAGGUGGUGACUUUUCUUAGAACAGACCUCCAUCAGCAGAGCACAUCCCCUCACAAGGGGUUUCUCCCUUGGUCUUCUCUGGCCGCUGUUAAGGCCACAUUGCACCUCUGUAGCACAAGGUGGCAACUGUGGACCUGUGACUGACUCCAUCCCCAUGUGAUCCAGGGACAUGCAGAGGGAGCCCAGUAGUGCUGGCCUCAAGUGUCUUUGGGACUUUGCUGGCCAAACCUUUCUGUAGGUGAAACAUAAAGCCGCAGUCCUGACUGCAUGUGCACGUUUCACAGGAGCUGAGGUGUUAAUCCUUUGCAUCCUGGCCAGAUUAUAGUUUGGGAAGAGAUUUUGCCUCCCUCCGUCGUCUCUGCAGUUUGAUGUAGUUAGGUUAUUGUUCCCAUGCUGUCCUACACGUCUGCUGCAGAGCUGCUGGGUGCCCUACGGUGGCUGCAUUUUUGUAAUGAGUGAAUUGAUUUCUGUACAUACUUUGCAAAGUGCUUUGUGAUGCUUCACCAUGCAAGGAGCUCUACUAGCAUGAAGUGAGGGAUAUUGCUACCAGGAAGCGAUGUCACUGAGCACCUCAUACGUUAGGGAUAGACUAGCAGAGGUGCAGUGGGUCAGGACUGAAGCACAAGAGCUGAUCAGCUUGUAGACACAUGGCUGGAUAGCAGGGACUGCAGCCUGCUGGGGCUGAAGUGUGGCAGCUGAUCAGAGCUGGAAGAGCAGGCUUUGCUGCUGUUCAGGAGAGCAGCGCCUUUCCUGAAGUGCAUGGGAGUCCAGGGCUGGAAUGGCACGGGGGCACUUUGAAUCAGGAUGGACGUGCUUUGGCCUAGGACUGACGAGCUGAAGGUGCCUGACAUCAGGAUUGAGGGGCGUUAGCACAAUCUGUGCCAUGAAAAGACCUGCUCUUCAAAUAGGUUACUGAAUGCCAACUUUUCCCUGGUUGAAUUAAAGACCUUUGACCUGUCCAGGCUCAUUUGGGUUCUUUGCCCUCUGCCUUGCUUCCUCCAUGUCUCUGCCUAUGGAUCAGUGGCAGGAGAGCGCUCAUAGCAUUUGCAGGGCACCCAGCAUGUGUGUUUCCUCAUCCUGCAGACCGAGGGGCAGCAACAGCCACUGACAGCUCAAUGGGAAACAAUCUGAAAUUGUAUCAAGCUGGAGCUAAAACAUGUUUUAAUUAAAGCUGGAAACAGGCUGGGAGGUAUAAUUAGAUUUCAGUCAAAAUGCCUGGAGGACAGACCUUUCCCUGCCCACGACCAUGGCUCCAUGCACACGAACACGAUGGUCAGAUACCACGUGGCAUGCAUCAGCAGCCAGGCCCCGGGGACAGGCCGAGAGGGGAGGGUGAGGGGCAGGCUUCUGUCAGUGUUUUCAAAGGGCAAAGCCAUGGCGUUGAAGGCUGUGCAAGGGAGCAGACAUGGUAAUGCUAUUGAUUUUUGCAUGGAAGGACCCAGCUGGGGAACAGAUCCCGGCUGCCAGGCAGAGGGCUGCUUUUCUGUAGCCUCCAGCAGUGCCAGAUACAGAACUAGUUGUCUGUGAGCAGGGAGGGAGCAGAUUGAGGGUACUGUGGAAGAAGGCAUCUGAUGCCACUAGCCAAAGGCACAGCGACUGCAGACACAGAGGUUGGCUGUUUAAUUGCAGCAGCAGUUGCCAAGUCAGGAAGGAUUUAUUCAUAGCAGGACUCAUCAGAAAUCAGGAGAAGCUUGUUCCUGUGAUAAGACACCAGCCUCUGCCUGGUGUCUUCAGAGAGAGAAAACUCAGCUCCGCUUUGAGGUCAGCUAUGAGAAGAGCGCUCUCGAAAGUGUGUGGGACAGGCAGUGCUGCCUGGGUGAUGUCAGGCUGCGGUGGUGUUAGUGCCGAGGUGGGAAGUGCCAAGAAUAACCCUUGGCCGCAUCCUUCCCCCAGCACAUUGCAUUUGAAGCAGGGCUGUUUUCUAAGAAAGCAGGGAGCUGGAAACUUGUUUGUUCCCAUUUCUGGUUCUCUUCCAGGGUCUGGACAGCAGCUAAGUUAUAGGCGGGUUCGCUAGAGGUGGAUUCCCUGUGGUAUCUUGGGCAAGUCGCCACCCUUCUCCGCUCCAGUCCCCCCAGUUUGUGAAAUGGGGAGAGCGAUCCCAGCUUGCCUCGUGGUGGGGGUUGUGAGCCUGAACUCAUCAGCAUUAGUGAAGUGCUUUGAGAUGGUCAGGUGGAAGGUGACGGAGACAGGCAGAGGAUCGCCGCUCCUGCUGCCUUGUUCAGUCUCAGGCUCUCUUUCCAGGACUCAGUGUCACCCUGCCUCGUGCGAUCGUGCUGGAGACAGGGUCCCUUUGUCACUGCAGAGCCAUCAGCCUGUUUGUUUAUAAGGUGAAGUCUUAUUUGGAAAAUCAGGAGCUGUCGCAGACAAAGCCAGGGGCAGGCUGUGCUCCUGCUACAGGUGCUGUGCCACCAGCCACUUGGAUGAAAGCACCACUGCAAAACCAGAUGCCAGCUUCCUCUGUCCAGAGGAAGCAAUGUGAGCAUGUGUGACUGAGAACUGCCUGCAAAGAUCACCUUGCAUUAUUUAAUAGGAAAGAGGAUGUGUUUUGUAAUGGGAAGACUACCCCCUCCCCUCUCGUCCUGCUGCAGUCUGUCCCAGGGUAGCGUCCCUGCCUACCAUCAGCAUGUAGUACAUUCAUUUCCCCACGGAGCCAGCACACUUUCCCCGUCUCAGUAUUUCCAGGAAGGAAUGUUCCCAGAAGAAAAAGCAGUGGGAAUGAUUCACGGAGAACUUGCCAAAAUCCUACUGAUUCCCAGGCCACAAAGCCCCUCAUCCAUCCCUCCUCCCAUCUCCUCCCUUCCCACCAGCCUUCCCUCCCCCACCCUGAGCUAGACAGCACAGAGAAUAGACUCUGCCUUGCACAGCCCGUGUGACAGCAGGAGGGAGAGGGAGCUGGAGACCGAGGAAGGAAGCCACACGCAGGACCGGGAAGCACUGCACACUGCUGACAGAGAGGCUCUGAGGCUGGAGGAGCAGAGAGCCGCCGGGCCCGGGAACAGCCAUCCCCGGCUGGCACCGGGUCUCUGCAGCAGGUGCUGGGAGAAUGGGAUGAGAAACGCAACUUGCAAUCCUGAGCAAGGCUCUGGCGAUGAACGCAGCUGAGGCAGGCAGCAGAACAACAUGCAGCGGCGGGAGACGGACAACCUGCGUGGAAAACCAGCCAGACCGAGACCCGGGCUCCAGCCGUCUCUUGCUCCGGAGUCGAAUGCAUGUGUGCCGGCUGCCCGUUCAGCAUUGCGUGGCUCCUCACAGAGCCCCUGAGCCUUUCCUCUUGUGAAUCUCUGGGCUCACAUGAGGGAGCGCGGCUGGCAGAGAUCUCUCCUUUAGUUUGACAGGAGCCGGCAUCCUCAGCACUGGACUCCAAGCAUGUGAAGGGAUCGAGGCAUGCCUGUGGCCAGGACCCGCAGAAUUUGGAGGCGUCCUGGGAAACGGACUCUGUGAGGCGAAAGGUUAAAGUGGGAUCAUGGGAGGGAAGCAGGUCAAAUGUCUCACAUCGCCCAGCCCUCUCCAUAGCUCCAAGAGUGAGUCCGUUGCAACCCAGGCAGAGGAGAAGGCCGGCUUUGUGAUUAUCCAAGCUGAAGAAACAGAAACCAAAACAGAAGAGCCAGACUCUCCAUUUCCACCUGAGUGGCAGGCAGGGAACCCUGGAUCCUGUCUGGAGACGUCAUGGGAAGAGCAGCUGCUCGAGCAACAAGAGCAUUUGGAAAAGGAAAUGGAGGAGGCUAAGAAAAUGAUCUCAGGGCUGCAGGCUUUGCUGCUCAAUGGGUCUUUACCUGAGGACGAGCAAGAGGCAUCCUUUGUCCUUUGUGAACAUGGAGCCUGCCCAGAGGAGCAGCUGGUUAUAAUCCGAAGUCGGCUGGACCAGAGCAUGGAGGAAAAUCAAGACUUGAAGAAGGAGCUGCUGAAAUACAAACAAGAAGCUCGAAACCUCCAGGGAAUAAAGGAUGCGCUGCAGCAGAGGCUGGCUCAGCAGGAUGCUUCUGUUCUUCAGCUCAAGCAGGAGCUGCUGAGAGCAAAUAUGGACAAGGAGGAGUUACACAACCAGAACGUCGAUCUGCAGAGGAAGGUUGAAGAGAGGAACCGGCUCUUGGGAGAAUACAAAAAGGAGCUGGGCCAGAAGGACCGCCACUUGCAGCAGCACCAGACCAAGUUGGAUGAAAUGCUCCGGCAGCUCUCCGAGGCCAGCUACCAGCAGGCAGAUUUGGAGCGGGAGUUGGAGCACAAGGAAGCCCUGCUGGCCCAGUGCAUGAAGAGAGAAGCAGAGGAGGUGAUGGGCUACAGCAAUCACAGCACCCAGAGCAACGGCUUUCUGCAGCCAGCAAGCAAAGUAGCUGCCCCCACAGCCCACAGAGGGACAAAUGACCUGCAGCUGGUGCGCGAUGCUCUCCGCAGCUUGCGCAACAGUUUCAGCGGUCAUGACCCGCAGCAUCACACCAUCGACAGCCUGGAGCAGGGCAUCUCCAGCCUGAUGGAGAGGCUGCACCGCAUGGAGAUGCAGAAGAGGCAAGAGAGAAGGGUUCGAGGGAAGUCACCGGCAAGCAGAGCAGCCAAUGAAUAUCGGGACUCCUGGCCUCCCAACUCCAAACUGCCUCACUCUCACAGCACGCCCACGAUGAGCAGCAGUGCCUGCACCAAAGUGCUCUACUUCACAGAUCGCUCACUCACUCCCUUUAUGGUCAACAUACCAAAGAGGUUAGGUGAAGUGACUCUGAAGGACUUUAAGGCAGCUAUUGAUCGGGAAGGAACCCACCGGUACCACUUCAAAGCCCUGGAUCCAGAGUUUGGCACCGUCAAGGAGGAGGUUUUCCAUGAUGAUGACAUCAUUCCUGGGUGGGAGGGGAAAAUUGUGGCCUGGGUGGAAGAAGAUAAUGGGGAGAAUUAACUAACUCCUAGGUGGUGUUAUUGUGGGCACCUGUAAGUGGCUGCUAUGUCCAGAUACAAUGACCAAAAAGAGCGUGAGCUGGGAUGCAUCCAAUGCAAGCUGCCAAAAGAGAGGACUUCUCUGCAAAUGACGGGUAAAACAGGUUUUUGCGUGCGAGGAAGCCUGGCAUCUCACUUCCCAUGGCCAAAUGCAGACAGUGGUGUGAGACUGAAAUGACAGGUUUGUGGGAAGGAAUCAUCUUGCUUUGUGCUGUUGACAAAACCCUGAAGGCCUUAAUGAUGUGGUUCUCUCUUCCCCUGUCUCUGCAUUCCCAAAAUGCCUGCUGCUGUUUGACAUCUGGACAUGUCCACUCUGAUCUCUGGCAUACAGUAUUACGUGAACCUGCACUCGUGGCUAAGACAUGAAGCUCUGUCCUUAUGAACCAGAAGAUGCUGCUAGAUUCGACAUACCAGAGGGUAUGACCAGCCAAAGCCAGUCCCAGAGCAUGUGCUGAAGAGGCAGAAUCCUGCCCCCCACCCAGGGAAUUGCGUGGCUUCUUGCUCCAGGAACCUGGCAUCCCGAGGAGGGCAUCUGCUGGGCAGCACUGCCUGCGAUACAAGGCAAAGACCAGCAAGGCUGCCCCUGUUCCCAAACACAGGCUUCUGCUUCCCAGACUUGCUUCUCCUGUUCUCCCUCCAACCUGUACUCGCCUCUGCGCUCGUCUGUGCUUCUUGCUUUGUUGCCCUGGGAACAAAGGUGCUUCCUUAGUGGUGAUGGAUUUUGUUCUGGGGGAGGGCCCAGGACCUGCCCUGGCUCUGGCACUUCUGCCUCUUCCUUCACUGCCUCCUUUUCCCUAAAGCUAUCACCAUUCCUGCACUUACCUUUCUCCAGCUAGGCAGACAGAUCAUGUCAUCUACUCCCCCAGGAGACCCAGCAGGGCUGUUUCUUUCAGGACUAAGCAGUGGCGCGUUGGUGCAUCCAUGUGAACCUGGUGGUCACUGACUAGUUGGGCUAUAAAGCAACUCACCAGUGGCAGGACAGAUGUGAGCAGCAGCCCCAUUCCUCUGCAUGCCUUCUCCACUGGGGAGCUAGAAGCGGUUGGUUGGGAAGUCGCGCACCCCAAAGUCUCUUAGGGCUUCAGCUUUUUUCACUGCACUGCCAGACUCUGCCCUCACAAACAUGUCAGGCAGCCAGACUUCUGCACAGCUGGCUGCAGCAGACGCUCCUGACUGAUAAAGUCAAACAGUGAGCCAAGGCUUUGUCGGUUCACCUCUGGUACGUGGGCCUCACCCUUGGGGUGCAUGCGUCUGUGUCCUGCGUGGGAGGCUGGGACAUGAAGGAAACCUGGGUUUGUUGUUUUAUAUUAACAUGUCCUUUUGUAAACUCGUUCCUGUUUUUUGGAAUUAUUUUGUACCAGUUUACAUUGUUGUCUGAGGACUGUGUCUAUUUUUAUACCCGUGCAAGUACCUUCUAGAUAUUUCCACACUUACUGUACUGUAUUUUACUCAUUUUCUAGAGGACACUGAGAUGUUUUACAGGCUCCUGUUAGUACUAUACAGUGGGCUCCAUAACUAGCUUUAUUUUACUAUGAAAGUCCAACUAGUCCCUAAUGUUUUUGUAUUUCACCAGUUGCUGUACACACAGUAACAGCAUUUCAUUUAUCACUUCGCUCCCUCUACAUAUGGGACAAGCUUGGAUGCCUUUCUGCUCUGCUCCCGCACUGAUAGGACACGAGUCGGCUGUUAGGCCAUUGUUGCUCUGUACAGUUUCGUAGGGUGAUUUACACAAACUCUUUCUUGCCACAAACAGCAGUCACGUUAUCAGAAUUUGGGAACGUUCAUUGGUAGGAGGAAAACCAGGUCUGUCCUGGAAAGGAAUAGGUUCUCUUCCUCCUGCGAAAUCAGCCGUUUCUCUUUUGCAUGAAUCUUCGUGGAUUGCUAUAAGACAGCAUGGGGUUAUUGGACUGAAAUUCAUUGUUGUAUUUCAAUUGCAAUUGAUCUUGAAUGUCUCUUUAUUCAAGUUUUACUUGACCCAUUUUAUUUCUGUGAGAGUUGGAUGCUUAGGUAGCACUUACCUAUUUUAUACUGACAACAGAAACAGUAAUUGUUCAUAGGCCUCCAUACACGGACCCUAGAAACCCUUUGCGCUGCUCAGAAAUGAGCAGUGUUCAAGUCGCAUUCUGAAGGACCGGAUAUCAGAUGCGGUCAAGCCUUUCACCUGCGGUCUAGUUCAGGAGGGACCCUCCGUUACCACCCUAGCAGUGGCUGGUGGGUGCUCUAAGAGGAGAGAGUUGGGAAUCUCAGUCUGGUUCCUCGUGGAUGGCUGUCUAGAUCACUAACAGUGGUCACAGCUGCUGUCUUUAUUCCCUGUUGGCAGUCCCAAGAGAGACCUAGGGCUGAAUCAGGCUGGAGACAGUUACUGUCUCGCAUUCCCAUCAGGACCCUUAGGGCUGGGGUAGCACAGCGAGGGGACCUCGACUGCUGCUGGUCAUGCAGGUCCUGGGAGAUGAUUUUAUUCUUUCCACCUGUCCCCCAGACAGCUUUGACAUGCCUUGUCAGCUUUGAUGUCUGCAACAGGUGACUUCUGAGUUCAAACCCCUUAGUUAUUGGCAUCCUGCUCAUGGGUGACCCAAAAAAUCACUGGCAGUUAGCUGUAUGAAGCCAAAAGCAGACACAUUAGUACUUCUGACAUGGAGCCUAAAGGCUUGGAUUAUGCCUCGUUCUCCACCCUUACAGGGGCUGUAACAUGUGUAAGUCCAGGUCAUUUGGUUCCUGCAAUGACUUUGCAGUUGUCUCUAGGUUUCCUAUCUUUGCAUGAACUGGAAGGGAUCCAAGGUAGCUGGGAAACCACCCGACCUGUAGCCGUUCAUAACACCAUGGGCAAACAAUAAUAGAAAUACCUGGGCCAGACUCACCCGCUACAAGACUGACUUUGGUGAUUUUAUUCCUGAUUUAGACCAGGGUACAUGGGAUCCGACUCAGGCCCUUGGACCUGAAUUUGAAAUGUUUUCCUUUGCUUCUAUGUUUAUUUCUGCCCUUUCUUCAAAGCUGCUUUCUGGUUUCCUUAAGACUGUAAGUUGAUUAUUUAACAUAUGCGCUAUAUGUAAAGUUCUAUUUUCAUAGAAACUACGAAGUUUGCAUUCAUCGCUUUUUAAAAAGACAGUUCUUCUCAGCCUCCCUGCCCAACAGCACUGAGGACUGAGCUUUACCUGUACAUCAAAGACCUCAGCCUAUCUGACUUGGAUGUAUUCUGGAUUUGUGGACCAAGAAAAAAUAGUCUCAAUAAACUGAAGUUUGCAAACUGA